CCGGUGAAGGCCAAAAGAAAGUCAACGAACAAGUAGCAAAACAAAAAACUUGGUUGGCAUUUGCGAGCGGUACAGCUGUAGCUCCUGGAAGGAAGACAACGAAAACGAAAAGACUGGUACAACCUCCAAUCAAUAAGAGAAGCAUUUUCGCCACUCCAGAAAAUCCAGAAGGCAAAGUUGGCGUGGUUGGGAGCGGUAAACCCAUGACACAAUUUCAACAACGUGGUAAACAUAUAUUUGAUCGAAAUUAG